GUCCUAGCUAUCUCGUCUCGUCUCCUCGCAAGAUCGAUCUGCUCCUCUCCCCGCGAGUCGCCGCCGGCCAGAAAAAUACACUAGCUCCGUCCGCCGUCUCUGUUUGCAGAUGGCGUCUGGAUCCACUUCUUCCGGCGGCGCCCGGAGGGGGCUCAUCUCGUGCCUGCACAGCCUCAACUGCCGCGACGAGGACGCGCCUCUUCCCCACGACGACGACCUGCGCCAAGCCACGCACCAGCUCAUCGUCGGUUUCUACGACGAGGCGUUCCGCCGGCUCCGGCUGCCCUGCAAGGCCGUGCCCGACAUCUACGGCCUCCUCAGCACCCGCGGCCUCUGCCUCGGCCUCCUCGACCCCGUCUCCGACAUCAUCCUCAACACCAUCGCCCUCCUAGACCUCAAAACCAAACCCCCCAAAGACGACUACGACGUAGACGCCGCUCCACCCGCCGCUAAGAGGAGACGCAGGCCCGGUUUCGACCCCUGGCACGAGGUUGCAACCAGGUGCUGCCACAGUCUCAUGGCUUUCCUUGUGGCAUACUUCGGAUGCAUCAACGAGGCACAGGCCUUUCGCUACCUCUACAGGGCCAACGCCAAUCUCAACCUCGCCGUCAUGCUCGUCCAGCACGAUCUCUUCCAUGGGGAGCCGGAGGCACUGGACCCUGAGUCCUACAGGACCCGGGCCGCCCUCAAAUGGGUGUCCACCUCAGCAGGUGACGAUUCAUCCGCCACCUUGGCUCGGGUCAUGGCAAUCCGGCUCAAACAUGCCGACCUUGACCUUGUGAAGAAGAAGCUGUUUUCAGCCACCCCUCUCACGGCCGAGGAUGACCGAGCAAUCCACCGUGUAUUGCACGUGAUGAUGACCCCGAUGUGUGUUGGCAACAUCACCCACACCGAUGACGGGCUGGUUGUCCAUGUCCGUCAGAACCUCGACCACGGCGACGACGCUAUCUGGUCCAAAACAAAGCCCCUUGUCUAUAGUACAGCUGACGCCAGGAUCACCUCCACCGCCUUCCGCUGGGACGGGACCGCCAUCUCGUCUCUGCACUCCGGACUGCAUGCCAAGCUGCUACAUUGCCUGAGGAUAGCAAAUGGCCAGAAACACAUUCUCAAGACCUCGUGUGGCGGCGACGCCUGCGAUUACCUGCGCUCUCUCAAGAUGUACCUCCAUGGAAUGAUUCACAACUUGUACGUCCAGGCCUUCAAGUUGCUGCCCGCACCCUCGGGCUCGCUCAUGCGAAGCAUCCUCAUGGCAGGCCACUGCUAUGGCCCCUAUGACCCUCUCUCCAACAUCAUCCUUAACUCAAUCUGGCAUGACACCUGUGGCUCCGUUAUCUCAGCUUCUGACCGCAUGAUGUUGAAUGAGUACAACGACGUCAUGGACCCCUUGUCUCUGCUCCGACUAGUUGUUCGUUCCCUCGAGGGGCUCGCAAACCUUGUCUUGUUCGCCGACCCCCAAUCCUCAAUUGCUUGUGUUCUGGAGAAGCUAUGUAGUUUAAAAUGCGCCAUCCUUGUUGACAUGUUAUCAUCAGCAACAAAGAGCUCUGAAAAGAACCCCUUCCAUGAGGCGGCCAUGGCUGCUAGACACCCGCUGCCUCUUCAGCUCGGUGAAUUUCACCAGAUGCUGCUGCUCGAGCCCGAUGGCCGAAGAGAGCUGCUCUCACAUAUAACCAAGGCGCAAACUAGUGGUGGUGUGGUGUGCUUCGAUGACAUCAGAAUUUGUAUCUCGGCCAUUUGCGACAAGUUCAAAGAAUCCAGGUCUCAAACUAGUGGCACCGUGCAAGCUCCUGCUCCUGAACUUUGUGCAGAGGCCUUGAGGAUGGUAUCAAGCCAGAGAUCAGAGUAUGAGGAAGAGAGGAGCUGGUUGCGUUCAAAGAUUGAACAGUUGCUCAAAGAUUACACGGACCAACAUUUUUGGGGACCAAAGUAUGAACUUGAUUUUAUAUUUGGUGUGGAACAAAUAGAGCACGGCUGGCACCGCCGCACUGAUACGUGCCACCACGUGAACUUCAUGGCAAUUUCUGAUGAGAAUGUUUCGAGGACCCUAUUUUAUGCCGAGUUAUGGUCCUGGCCCUCACGUAAGCCAAGGACAGAAUUCUGCUGCCCUCUACCCUCUGCAAACGUCGGACGUUGCUACUAUGACAUGAUUCGUGCAAGGAAGAUCGUGUAUCCAGAUGACGGCAAGUACUUUCGCGACGAUAUCACCCAUGAGGGAACCGGCAACGUGGAUGGUGUGCUACAGAUGGACCUCGUGCACUUUAGCUCCGAGUUGGACGUGGAGCUCGCGCGGAAUUUGAACAUGCCGCCCACUUCAGAUCCAGAGUAUGAGUCCAAGUCUUCAGAUCAAGAGUAUUCAGAGUAUGAGUCUAUGUAUCAGGAUUAGAGAGUCUUCCCGGCCGCCUCCAUGGCCACGGCUCGCUGGUUCGUGUGCGAUGCUAUCAGCCCUUAAUUAUGUCGGCCUUGUGGUCGGAGUUCAAAAAAAAAACA